AUGGCAGACGAAAUAUCCAAAUCAGAAGCGACUCCAGAGGCUUCUCGCGCAUCCCCUAUGGUUGACAAGGCUCCGACCAGCAACACCGCGGUCACCACCACGGCGGGGCACCAACCGCCUUCGAUCGACACACCUCAAAAAGACGUUGUCAUGUCCGAUGCUCCAAUUGACCAGGCAGCGUCACCGGCUCCUGCCAACCUAGCUCCCAGCCCAGCUCCAGCACGGACAGGCACUCCAGCUCUAGGUUCUCGAGCGCCGUCUGUACACCCCGACCCUGGCUUUACUAUGCCUUCAGAAGCACCUGCACAUGGUGAUUCCACAAGAAGAUACUUGAAUACGAAAGUAACUGGUGUACUACUCGAGGGUAUGAAGCAGUUGGCCAAGAACCAGCCAACGGACCCUCUACGAUGUCUGGGCGAAUACCUUAUUCAGAGGUCCAAGGAAUUGGAGGGCAAUGGUAGCUAA